AUGGAAGAGGAGCCCCCUCCAAAGCGGUUGAGGCGAGGUGGAGUGCAGCAGAGGCUCCAAAGAGUUGAAGCCAGAAAUGAUGCAGCUCCUGUUGCGAGCAAUCUGGCACAUGAGCUGUUGGAGCGAUGGUCGUGGGGCGAAGUGAGCCCUCAGGUGGUCCAAAAGCUGGCAGCUGCCUCCCAAAGGGACUUUCAAGCUGUCGGAGCGACGCCGCCCAGCGAAAUCGCUGCUUUAGCUGGCUUGGGAUCUGCUGGUCUGAGCUUCAAGCCACCCUGGGACAAACUGCUUCAGACGAUGCUUCUUCCACAUGUGGUAUUUUCUGAUCUCUACCACUCUUACCCAGCCGCCUUUGCAAAGUUCAUGAUGCCUUCUGGAGGUAUUUCGAAACUUAAGGAAUUCUGGCGCCUUCAGAAGGCGGGUCACCCCGCUUGGCGAAACCACCCGAUCGUCAGCAAGAGGUCCUUCGAUGCCGAGCAUACCCUGCCUUUACAGCUACACGGGGACGGCACCCCUGUGGUGGGGAUAGGGAAAAUCUGGAGCAGGCAGCUGACCUCCUACACGUGGAACAGCCUGCUGGCGGAGGGGUGGACAAAGGACAGUAUGAUGCCAUCGUGGUUUUGCUUCGAUGAGACCGAGGCUGGAAGAGAAACGACAGAUGAAUUUUUCCGAAUCAUCUGUUGGUCGUUUGCCUGCCUUGCCAGUGGAGUCUGGCCAGCAGCCAACCACUUGGGUGCAAAGCAACUGUGCAAGUAUCCCGCCGGUACCGUGGAAGCCCGUCGAGCCGGGACGCCGCUGGCGAAUGGACUGCGAGGCAUCAUCUGGAGUUUGAAUGGCGAUGCCGAAUAUUUGGUGCAAAAGCUGCAGUUGCCCCAUUACGGAUCGAAAUCAUCCCCAUGUGCCCUUUGCAGGUGCAGAGGCGACAAUUCCGAUUCGAGCUGGCAUGAUUGCCGAACAAGUGCUCGGUGGCUCACGUUGGGAUGGACAAGGGAAUCAUGGUUGGCAUACCCGGAGCGAUCAUCGAGUGCCAUCUUCUCCAAUGCCACUGGUCUCACCCCAUUGAACGUGCACUACGAUUACAUGCACUGCAAGUAUUUGGGGGCAGACCAGAUCAGCUUCGGGUCGGUCCUUGAUUUGUUGGUGAGUCACCUCAUGGCAGACUCACCACUAACAAAUCUGGGACAAUGCUGGGACAAAAUCGUUACCUCGUACAAGAGACUGGGAAUCUCCGAGAGGUAUAGAGGCUUCCGCAAGCUGACAAUGUUCCAGAGGAAAAAAAAAUGCCCCAAGCUGAAAGGCAGGGCGGGCCAGAUUGCUGCUUUUGGCGAGCCCCUGUUGGAACUUUGGGAGGAGCACAUGCAUCCUGAUCUUGCUGUGCACUGCAAGAUCAGGACGUACUUGCGACUGAACAUCGCCAUGGAGAAGAUCAUGAAGGAGUGCCGAGCCGAGACUGCUUUCCCGGAGCCCCAGGCGACCAACUUCAUCGAAUAUGCCUUCGCUAUGUGCAAUCUUCAUAUGGAGUUGGGGGCACACUUCGAGGCCGAAGGCCUCAAGCUUUUCAGCCCUUUACCCAAGCUGCAUCUGCUUUUGCACACGGUUUUGCUUUGCCGCCACAUCAACCCGAGACUCACUUGGUGCUACAAAGGCGAGGACCUUCAAAAGGUCAGCAGGAGUUUGGCCGCCAGCUGUGCCCGAGGACUCAGAGGACCGGCGGUGACGGUGAAAAUGGUGAGCAAGCUCAGGGCGGCUUGGAACCUGAGGCUGAGCAAAGUCUCUGCAGACUGA